AUGAGCGGUUCUUGUGGAAUAGAGAGUCCGUCACUUUAUAAGAACAAGCGUGCAGGGAAAGGUGAAGCCUAUGAACCAACAACAUAUGAACACUGGGCAAACACAAUAUCACACGCUGUAGGAAUAGUGCCUAGUGUGGUUGUGUUUUGGCAUAUGGUCACAAUAUCCCAUCGCGAGCUACAGUUCUAUUUGAUGAUCGUAUAUGGCUUGUUCACCACGUUGUUGUUCUCGUCUUCUACAUGUUACCACGUUUGCGAACUGAAGUUUAGACAGAAGCGGACGCAGACGCGGUUGCGAUACUAUCUUCAUAUAUGUGAUCGCGCCGCCAUUUAUCUAUUCAUAGCAGCCUCCUACACACCAUGGCUAACUCUUCGACAUUGUGGAUACCCUGGCCUGAACCUGAAGUGGAUGAUCUGGGUGUUCGCACUCCUUGGAAUACUGUAUCAGUACAAUUUCCACGAA